CAGCAGCAGCAGCAGCAGCAGCAGCAGCAGCAGCAGCAGCAGCAGCAACAGUCGGAGGCGGAGGAGGAGGAAUAUGCGGUGGAGGAACGCGAGAAUGCCGAAGGUUGGACUCUGCCAUGGGGCUUGUUUCACCAGAACACGUCAACUGCCUCCGACCUGCAGCAGGCUACAAUGAAAAUGCAUGCCUACCAUCAAUCGAUCUCCUUUAGGGAUCCGUGGGUUGAUAACCGCGGCGAGAAUGGUUCUCCGUGCUUUGACGAAAAGGGAAUCGGGAAGGCAAAUCACGGAUUUGCUUCGGGCACAACGGAACUGGUGAGUCCCGUAACCAAUGUUAGUAUUCCCGAGUGA